GCGAGAAAGAUGCCUAGCAGACGACCAAUGCGACAGAGAGAUUCAAAAGUCCAGUCUCGUUUGUUUUCCCUUUUCUCGUCCCACUGCGCCUCCUGCACAAAUGUGGCAUUCGUUGGGUAGUAGAUACGUGUCACUGUGUGAUGGUGUCCGCUGUCCCAGGGUCCAGGUCACACAGUGCGACCGACCCGGGCUGUGCGAUACAGACAUACAAACAAGUACCAGCCUCCCAGGCAGCAAAGAUACCUAUACCAGGGUGACACAAACCGACUUUUGUCCUCCAGAGACCGUCCUCCCUUGCCCUUGCCAGCCACCUACACCUGCGUCAGUCACGGCCGCGCCAAAGUCACACGACAUAAUAUGGGAUAUCCCGUCCACCCGUUGGUGGAGGUUCUGGGAGUACUGAAUUCAAGCCGAGUCCGACUCAACCAACCCCUUGUGAUCUCCAUGCCCUGCUCUUCAAGGACUAGGCUUCCCUGUCGGCGUCAGUGUCCUGUCCUCGCAUUAUCAAGGGGUUCAUGUUCCUUUCUCGCCUGCAUCCCAGCCGCGCAUCUUCAAGACCCUGCAGGUACAUACAUGGCCUACUGCUGACGCCUGUCUACCUGACUUGGGUGAUGUGAAAGUCGUACGGUCGAGACCGUAACAGUCACCUGAAAGCUCCAGAGAAGGCGUAUGAAACACAUGGGAAGCAACGCAUGGUUUAACAGACACGUGUUCGACGGCAAGGGGGGCUUCAUAUUCCAGCCUCGUCUGGCUCACCUCACCGUUUAUCACUACCGGCCUUCCACGCACAACCCCGGACUGGACACAUAUCGAAUCGUCCCGGUUGGUUUGCUGUGCUGGCUCGCUGGACAGGUAGUGGACAUUUCGAACGGCUCAAUUUCUGCCUUGUAACAAACUUCUAAGGUCUAGAACUCGAAUGCAGAUAUGCGAGGGCUACAUACCUGUGAUGGUCCAGAUACCGACUGUGGCCUACUCAUGGCUGCAAUAUCGUGACAGGGAGUCUGUGAGUGUCAUUCGUUGCUCUGCGGAUGAUCCCUGGUAUUAGAAUUGCCCCUGUCAGGUACAUGGGGGAUACUGUCGCACAGAGCUGAGACAUGUGACUUCCGAUGUAUGCCUUGCGGCUGGCCGGAGGGCAG